AUGCAGGCUGUCCACUAUGAAGGGCAGUGUGCUCCGGGAGAGUCGCCCGUCUAUCCGAGCCACCACCCGCCCCAAGACUCCCCCCACAGAAACCCUGUCCCCAAGAACGUCGCCUUCGAGCUACUCCUUGAUGAGAACUCCAAAGUGCGUGCUCGCAUUCCGAUGCGAGUCCAGAUCUAUCCUCAUGAUACUACGGAUUCAAUCGUGACCACCGUCAAGAACUUUUACGGGAUCUACGAUGGCGCUGCUAGCGGUGUCAGCUUUGAGGAUGAGCAUGGCACCACCCUCAUUGCUAGGUAUGAGAAUCUAAGAAACAACAUGACUGUCUACGUACGGGUCAUCCCGGUUCAGGCUUACGCAGAUGGCUACGGAGAGCAGCUCUAUGGUCAUGUGUCUGUAGACGCUCGCAAGCGUCCGAGUCUUGGCGAGCCCUUCCAGAUGCCGCCGGCAAUGCAACCGACACCGAUGCUGGAUCAUGGCCGGCCGCCAUCUCGCCCGGGCUCUCGAGUCGCUCGGAAGCGUAGCAUGUCGCCAUCUGCGAGAAGCUGUCGGAGCGCGUCCCAGCACAAGCAGCUGUCGAAGGCGGGCAACAAGAGCCGGGGUUCAAGCGCUCACGGCAGCUUCCAGGAUGAAGGAACUCCUGGCUAUAGUGACAGCGAGGGUGGCUAUGGAUCAGUCUCGGGGGCAAAGAAAUCCCGGAGUGAGCAGCUGGGCAGCUCGGAUAUCAGUAUGGAAAAUAUCCUGCAGGAUGGCCGUCGCAAACGGCCCAAAUUUGAGAGUUCGGAAUUGCCGUUGUUUGUCCCUCCUCAAGUUCCUCUCACCACCUCGACCUCCUCGAUCUCCCCCCAGCGCCGGUCUGUCGGACAAGAAGGGGUUGUCUCGCCAUUCGCUCGUCCUGCUCAGCGACCAUACAACUACCAACAGCCGCUGCCCUCGCCACAGAGCUAUGGGAACAGCGAGCAAGUAUAUGCCUAUAACCCCCCGCGCAAUUCUGUAUAUGCGACUCCCACAGUCCCCGAGCAUGGGCAUCGCCUGCGUGACCGGACUGUGACUCAGUCGUCGGGCCAGUUGAGCAACCCGGCGGGUCGGAUCAACGGGCCGGGCGUCCUCCCAACCCCGGACCCAACCAUUGCAAGCUGUAUAUCGGAUGAGGAUGUUGCCAUGCAACUCAUCCGUCUCGGAGAUGCUUCCAAUUUCUCACAUGGUCGCACCUCCGCUUCGACGCUGGACGACGCCUUCAGUGGUGCUGCAGACGCGGCCUCUUCGACCGGCGCGACGAGUGACGGAGAAGAUUUCAGCGAGGAAGAUGAUGACCUGCCCACGCGCAGCCGACAGAGGCUGGAAUCAAGCCCAAUGCUUCCCCCAGGAGCCACCAAACGCACUCACAAGCGAUUGGACGAUAUUCUGCCCAGUUUUGACAGCUCCGAUGGCAGUUGUGAUGGGUACGAUGAUGAGUACAAGCAGGAGGAGCCAGAAGACGGCCUGAUCAAGCACGAGGUGGACGAUGACCCGUUCUACAAAGAAUCGACACCCAAGCCAAAGAAGGCCAAGACACGAGCAAAUAGCACGGCCUCGAAUAAACCGCGCACAUCGAAGCCUGCCCCGGCGCGCCAAAGCAAAGGAGGCAAGAAUGCUUCGACGGCCGGGCCCCGGAAGGUCAAGUCGACCUCCAAUGCCACCACACAGAAAGUUGCCAUGUCACCGCAGAUGGUGAGCCCCGCUCCAACCCGGAAAGCUUCCACCUCUUCUGUCAACUUCCAGCCUCCGCUGGCCGCGGACGAGGAGGACCUGUCGACGAAGCCGCGUUGUCAGCGAUGCCGAAAGAGUAAGAAAGGCUGCGAUCGGCAGCGCCCUUGCGGGAGAUGCAAGGAUGCGGGCAUUGGUCUGGAGGGGUGCAUCAGUGAAGAUGAAGGAAACGGUCGCAAAGGCCGCUAUGGACGGCAUAUGGGGGUCCCGGUCAAGAAAGUCCUGGAGCCCCCCGCAGCAAACAGCGAAGCAUUACCGGUGGCGGCCGCAAGCCCGCUGUUCUCUGCCACGGUUGAAAAGAACAAGAAACGCAAGCGUUAG